CACAAAAACAGGUACUUCCCCUACUACAUAACCGUCGCCUCCCUCGCAGUCUUCUUCAUCCUCCUCCUCCUCUACCUCAUCUACCAGCGCCGCUUGCUCCCCUCCAUCGUCAUGAUAGGAGGUUUUAUUCUCUUUGUGCUGUGGUUGACGGGGUUGAUAGUGAUAUCGGUGCAGCUGUGGGGGCCGGACGGGAGCGUGAGUUCGGAGUGCAAUAUCCAGGUUUUUGGGGCGAGUCCGAUGCCCAAGGGGCAGACGCUGGAGACGUUGGCGUGGUUGGAGCAGAGGAGUAUUUGCCAGAGCUGGCAGGCGGUUUUUGCGUUUGGGCUGGUGGGGGCGGUAUUUUUGUUGUGGAUUAUGGUUAUUGCUUAUCAGGUUUUUGCGGAUGAUGCUGUUUGA